AUGGCUGCUGAGAACGAAGCAGGUCAGAACGCAGUGGCCCAGCCCGCCGCGGCCGAAUCGGCCAAUCCUCAGCGGGAGCAAGACAUCAAUCCCUGGUCCGUCGAGGGCGCACAGGGCGAGAAUGGCGAAAUCAUUCCCAUUGACUACGAUGCCAUUUGCCGGAAAUGGAAUACCCAAACUGUCGACCAGAAGCUCCUCGAGCGCUUCGAGCAGGUGACGGGACACAAGCCUCAUCGCUGGCUCCGGCGCGGCCUAUUCUUCAGCCACCGCGACUUCGACAAGAUCCUAGAUAAAUACGAGCAAGGCAAGCCCUUCUUUCUCUACACCGGUAGAGGUCCGAGUACGGGAAGCUUGCAUCUAGGCCAUACCAUACCGUUGCAGUUCACAAAGUGGCUGCAAGAUGUCUUUGACGUCCCGCUGGUUUUCAUGCUUACGGACGACGAGAAGGCGCUUUUCAAGGAUAGCGCUACCUUCGAAGAGACGCUGGAAUAUGCUAUGGAAAAUGCGCGAGAUAUCAUCGCCCUGGGCUUCGACGUUAAGAAGACGUUCGUCUAUAGCGAUCUGAAGUACCUUGGGAACCACUUCCUGAUGAAUGCCUGGGAGUUCUCAAAAUUGGUGACCUUCAACCAGGUUCGUGGCGCAUUCGGAUUCAACGAAAGCUCCAACAUCGGGCGCAUCUUCUUCCCGUCUGUCCAGUGCGUGGCCGCGUUUGCGACUUCAUACCCGGAGCUCUGGACAGAUGAGCCGCUCACUGCUCGGACCAAAGAGAUCGCAAGCAUUCCUUGCUUGAUCCCCAUGGGGAUUGACCAAGACCCUUACUUUCGCCUUCUCCGGGACAAUGCCCACAGGAUGCGCUAUCCAUCGCCAAAGCCGGCCUUGAUCCACUCGAAAUUCCUUACUGCCCUACAGGGAGCCGGCGGCAAGAUGUCAUCGUCGAACCCGAACUCGGCCAUCUUCAUGUCUGAUACGCCAAAGCAGAUCAAGAACAAAAUCAACAAGCAUGCGUUUAGCGGCGGCGGGGCUACGCUCGAGGAACACCGUAGUCGCGGAGGAAACCCCGACGUUGACGUCGCGUACACCUACCUGACGUAUUUCGAGGACGACGACGCAAAGCUCGCAGAGGUCUAUAAGAACUACAAGAGCGGCGAGCUUAUGACAGGGGAGCUCAAAAAGAUGGCCAUUGAGCUCCUGCAAGAGUACGUGCUGCAGUUCCAGGAGCAGCGGAAGCUCGUCACGGACGAGGUUCUGGACCAGUACAUGAAGCCGCGGAAGCUGCAGUGGGCAGGAAACAAAAACCCAAAGCCCAAGGCCGCGGCGGAGAGCAAGGAGUGUAGUGUGCAGCUCGGAUGA